AUGCCUCCGAAGAGACGAGUCUCGAGCAGAAAACGACAUCGAUCGCCGGGUGUCAGUCCCGCCUCGCGGCCGACGCAGGCCGCACGCCUCGAUAACGACGACCCAGUCCUCAGUCCGGUCCCCGAAGCCGGCGAGCCCCAAGGCGGUCCAGCUGGCGCUGGUGCGGAAGAUUGUGUAUAUGCGGAAGAUGACUCCCACAACGUCCCUGGCAUCCAUGACCAGAAGCUCACCGAGAGACAACUUCGUCUUAAUGACAUUUCAGAGAACAUCAGUCAAUACUAUUUUGCUUUGCAAGAAGCAAAAGAGACUCUGGGGGCAGAUUCCCUUGUUGUCAAAGUUUUGACGAAAGUCAAGGAUGAAGCCUGUGACCUCUUCAAACGAGUCGAUGCUGAAGGGGAGUCUGAUGGGAAGGUGCCCGGAGACGACGUUCCCGAGGAGAAGGCUGAGGAGCAGGCUGAGGUCCCGACCUUGUUACAGCGUCAAAUGAACCUGGAGAGUGAGCUUUUCCUUUUGAGAGCCAAUGUCUUCCCCAUGAUUGAAGAUUUGGAGAAAAGGGUGUUGGCAUUGAGAGAAGAGAUUGAGGAGCGGCAGGAGUAG